GCCUUAUUGGUAUUGUUAGAAUAAUUUCUUUAUUUUGAUUAAAUUUUGCGAUCGUUGCAAAAGAUAUGUAUGUAUACGUUUUCAUUUUGAGGCCAUUUAGAAAGUAUUCUACGCUUCUUUUUACGAAAUCAUUUCUUUACUUUUUCUUGGAUAUGGGGUAGACAUGAACUAAAAUGAAAUUACUUAUGUAAGCGAAAUAAGCAAAAAAAAAUUGCGAUCGCUUGGAAGAAAGGGGAAUCAUCAUUAUUUAUUAUAAAACAAAUAUUUUUAAUUCAUUCCUACUUUUAAAUUUAACUUGUAAAAAUGCUUUAGUUUAUUUAAUUGACAACACUGUAAGGAUUUCUAAAAGAAAAAUCACAUAUGGAGAGGUCUUUACAAACCAAAUCCUCAGAUAAAUUCAAAAUUAUUGACCAAUUAACCUAUGAGAAGAUCCAACAAAAUAGCAGCACUGCAAACACAGGAGCAAAUGCAUCAAUACGAAAUGCUAAAUAUAAACGCAAAUCGGGCGUUCCAUCAGAUUUAUUGAAUCUUGUGAAACCUUCAAAUGUAGCAAAAAAAAAAUCUCAUUUAAAACUGAAAAGAGUUAUUGAUACGGCUGUAAAAAACGGAUUGAAGCAUCGCGGCAAACAACGGGAGAAUGGACGUAAAAAGAAAAAAUCGCGACUAAAGAAACGUAUACUACGUCAUAGGGAAAGCGAAGAAAAACAAGAGCAACGGAUAAAUGAGUUUGAAGACGUUCUACAACAAUUGACAACGUUAACUAUAUCGCCAAAGCAAUCGGAAGUUACACCUAAAAGAAGCAUUCAUUCCAAUCGGUUCUGUGAUUAUUGUGAUAAUUGCACAACGACUCAAUUGGUACAAUUAACCGAUCAGCUGUUAAGAGAAUUGAAUCAUUUCCAAAGAAGGGCAUACGCCAUUCACGAGCUAAAAGCUAAAGCUCAUAGGCGUUUUGUAAUAGGUUUCCGGGAAGUACAAAGUUUUCUACGUAUUAAAAAAAUAAAAUUGGUGUUAAUAGCAACUGACUGUGACCCAUUCGCAGGGCAAGCUGGCUUAAAUCAAUCGAUUGCCUCCAUAAAAGCGCUGUGUAAAGACCAACAGAUACCAGUGGCGUUUGCUCUACAACGUCGUCAAAUGGCUUAUGCUUUAUAUAAAAAGGCUUUAAUAGGUUGUGUGGGCAUUAUAAACUACGACGGUUCUCAAGUCUUAUUCUCACAGCUGUUGGCGGCCUUGAAGGAAGCCCAGAAUGCUUAUCUAUGGCUGGUGCAACAGACAAAUAAGGGAACCAAAGAAAUCGAAGAAUAUCAGUAAAAACGACGUUUCUUUUUAAAAGAUAAUUUUCUCAUUGAUCGCUUAAUACAAUGUUUGUUACAACUUACAUUUCGAAACUUUUUUUACAAUAAUUUUAA